AUAGGUGGGAAGGUCGUAAGCGAAAGAAGAUGACAAUUGGUGGUUACAUGGGCAUGUCACACAUUAAAAGCACUAUAAGGAGCAAGACAAGUUCUCCCGGGUAUGAAUACUUGCCUUUGAUAAAAAAGAUAGAGAGUGUGAGUGUUUGAAAGGCAGGUUUCUGCCUGAACUAGCCAGAGAUCUCCAAAGAAAAACAAACUUUCCAGAUCACUGGGGAACAACAUGGGGGAGGGUUUCUGGACCUUAUUCUGCACCAGUUCCGAGUGUUCAAAUGGGUCUGGAAAUGAAUGCAGUUCUGGCAUUCUAGCCAUUAUCAAUCCAAAUUCAUGUAUCAACAAUAUUGUCGUCAUUGCAGUUGAUAUUUUGCUCCUACUCAUCUUGUUAUGUUUCCUUAUGUAUAGAAUAGCAUCAAAGAAGAUUAUAGCACCAUCACAGCCUCAAACCUUCUCUCCAGUAUCAGUUGUGUCAAUCAGUUUCAAUGCAGGUUUGGCUUUGGCCUACUUGGGGUCUGGGAUAUGGACAAUCAUUGAGAAAGUAUAUACAUAUCACACGGUUUUACCUCUACAUGGAUGGCUAGUAUAUUUUUUUCAAGGGUUUACAUGGUUGGGCCUGGGUUUUACCAUAAACCUCUCAAAACCACACCUUCCGCAUAACGCAAUAAUGAAAUUCUUUUCAAUUUUUGGUUUCUUAAUUGCAGUUUUCCUUUGUGGUUCAUCAAUUUGGGAAUCUAUUCUGGAUGGGGCCUUAUCAGUUCUGAUUGUUUUAAACAUUCUUUGUUUCCCUGGAUCAAUUAUCUUGCUCUUUAGUGCAUUUGAAGGAACAAAUAAUGCAAAAGGUGAUCCAGAAGUCCAUAAUGGUCAUGCUUUCUACACACCUUUACCAGGUGCAGAACCAGAUAUCACAGGUGAUAUCAGUCCAAAUGACACUGUAACUCCUUUUGCAAAAGCUGGAUUGUUUAGUAAAAUGUCAUUUUGGUGGUUGAAUCCAUUAAUGAAGAAAGGUAAGGAAAAGAUCCUUGAGAAUGAAGAUAUUCCACAAUUGCGAGAAGCUGAUCGAGCACGAACAUUGCACUCAAUAUUCAGGGAGCAAUUGCAUAAAAGAAAGGAAAGACAUCCGUCUAGUGACCCUUCUAUUCUGACCAUAAUUUUUUUCUGCCAGUGGAAAGCAAUUUUGGUUUCAGGGUUCUUUGCACUCCUCAAGAUUCUCGCAAUGACUGCCUCCCCACUGUUUCUCAUAGCUUUCAUCAAGGUUGUUGAUGGCGAUGCAGCUUUUAAAUAUGAGGUUUAUGCACUGACUGCUGGUCUGUUCGUUGUGAAAAUCGUGGAGUCACUGUCAGAGAGGCAAUGGUUCUUUAGAACUAGACUUAUUGGACUCCAGGUAAGAUCAUUGAUAUCUGCAGCAGUUUAUCAGAAGCAACUAAGACUCUCAAAUGCUGCCAAGACGACUCAUUCUCCUGGUGAGAUAGUGAACUAUGUAACAGUGGAUGCUUACAGAAUCGGUGAAUUUCCUUACUGGUUUCAUCAGAUAUGGUCCACAAACCUUCAAUUGUGUCUCUCAUUACUUAUUAUCUACUUCGCUGUUGGGGCAGCAACUCUUGCAGCUCUAACUGUUCUCAUAUUGACUAUGGUGGUAAGCUCUCCAUUGGCGAAGUUGCAGCAUGAGUACCAAACAAAGUUCAUGAUUGCACAAAACAAGAGGUUGAGGGCCAUUACAGAAGCACUAUCAAAUAUGAAAAUCUUGAAGCUGUAUUCUUGGGAGACAAAUUUCAAGAAAGUCAUAGAAGGUUUUAGAGCAGAAGAACUAAAAUGGAUAGCUAAAGUACUGUCACAAAAGGGAUAUUGUAAUGCUUUAUUCUGGACAGCUCCUGUUUUGGCAGCAGCUGUCACCUUUUGGACAUGUUACUUCCUGGGAUUUACACUCACAGCUAGUAAUGUUUUCACGUUUCUAGCAACUUUGCGUAUACUUCAGGAGCCAAUUAGGCUAAUCCCAGACGUCUUUGGAGCAUUUAUUGAAGCAAAGGUUUCAUUUUCUCGGAUUGUGAAGUUCCUUGAUGCCCCAGAGUUGGAGAACAGACAUACAAGGAAACAGAGCUGUGACAAGGAGGUUGAGCAUUCAAUUUUCGUUAGAGCCUCUGAAAUUUCAUGGGAUAUAGAAGCUACAAGGGCCACAUUGAGGGACAUUAAUUUAGUGGUUAAGCAAGGAGAAAAAGUAGCUAUUUGUGGAGAGGUUGGCUCAGGAAAAUCAACCCUUUUAGCUGCAAUUCUUGGAGAGGUUCCACGCAUCAAUGGCAUUGUUCAAGUAUAUGGCACGAUAGCAUAUGUCUCUCAGUCUGCAUGGAUCCAAACAGGAACUAUACAAGAUAAUAUUCUGUUUGGGACUCCCAUGGAUCAUGUUAGAUACCAAGAAACUCUUGAGAAGUGUUCACUCAUAAAGGACCUCAAGAUUCUUCCAUUCGGCGAUCUCACUCAGAUAGGAGAAAGAGGUGUCAAUCUAAGUGGUGGCCAGAAACAGCGCAUUCAACUUGCACGUGCAUUGUAUCAAAAUGCUGAAGUCUACUUAUUGGAUGAUCCUUUCAGUGCUGUUGAUGCUCAUACUGCCAUAAGCCUGUUCAAUGAAUAUGUCAUGGGAGCUCUGGCAGAGAAGACAGUGUUGCUUGUUACACACCAAGUCGACUUCCUUCCAGCUUUUAAUUCAAUAUUGUUGAUGUCUUGGGGAAAAAUUUCAAGAGCAGCUCCUUACGACGAGUUACUGGCUUCUUGUCAAGAGUUCCAAGACCUUGUCAAUGCACAUAAUGACACUACUGGUUCCGGGAGGCAAGUUGAAUAUGCUUCUACUAGGAAACAGAAAUUGGCUGCAGAGGAGAUUGAGAAAGAAAGAACAGAGGUAGAGCUAAAAGAAUCUUCAGGAGAUCAAUUGAUUAAGAAAGAAGAGAGAGAAACAGGAGACACAGGGUUCAAGCCAUACAUUCAGUAUUUGAAGCAUAGCAGGGGCUUUUUGCAUUUCUCCUUAUCAGUUCUUUUCUUGUUUCUGUUCAUUGUUGGGCAAUUAAUUCAGAAUUAUUGGUUGGCUUUGAAUCUUCAGGAUUAUAGCGUGUCCAGAGUCAAACUCUUCACAGUUUAUUCUGUGAUCUUCUGUAUAAUGUCAUUCUUUUUGCUUCUUCGAUCUUUUAUGAUAGUUGAUUUAGGAUGUGGAGCUUCAGAGUCUAUUUUCUCUGCACUACUGAACUCUCUUUGCCGAGCACCAAUGCUGUUUUAUGAUUCAACACCUGUGGGGAGGAUACUUAGUCGGGUAUCUACUGAUAUGAAUAUCAUCGACCUUGAAGUAGGUUUAAAGUUGGCAUUUGCUGCUGGGGCGAUUGUUAGCGCCUACAGCAUAUUUUUGGUAUUGGUUGUUCUUGCUUGGCCACUCGUGUUUCUGAUUGCACCUACAAUUUAUCUUACUUAUCUGUUUCAGAAUUACUACUUUGCUUCUGCAAAAGAGUUAAUGCGAAUGAAUGGCACGACUAAGUCUGCGAUUGCAAGCCAACUUUCUGAAUCUAUUGCUGGAGCCAUGACAAUCAGAGCUUUUGGAGAGGAGAAACGAUUCUACUCAAAAAACUUGGAAUUUAUUGAUGCAAAUUCUAGUGCUGACUUCAAUAGUUUCUCAACAAAUGAGUGGUUAACCGAACGUCUGGAAUUUCUGUGUGCUAUUGUUCUCUCAGCCUCAGCCAUUGCCAUUACUUGGAUAGAUGCUUCUUCCUCUGGAUUUGUUGGGAUGACACUAUCAUAUGGUCUCUCAUUAAAUGUAUUCCUCGUAACUUCUGUCCAACUUCAGUGCAUGAUAGGAAAUUCAAUUGUUUCUGUUGAAAGGGUAGAACAAUACAUGCAUAUUACCAGUGAAUCUGCAGAAGUAAUAGAAGAAAACCGACCUGCACACAAUUGGCCUGUUGUUGGUAAAGUGGAAAUAUGUGACUUAAAGGUCAGAUAUAGGCCAAAUUCUCCUUUGGUUCUUCGUGGGAUAAAUUGCAUAAUUGAAGGAGGGUACAAAGUUGGAAUCGUUGGCCGGACUGGAAGUGGAAAGACAACUCUUAUCAGCGUUUUGUUUCGUCUGGUAGAGCCUACAGAGGGAAAAGUCAUUAUAGAUGAUUAUGACAUUUGUACCAUUGGUCUUCAUGAUUUAAGAUCACGUUUGGGGAUCAUCCCACAAGAGCCAACCUUAUUCGGUGGCUCUGUGAGAUUCAACCUUGACCCCUUAUCAGAGCAUACUGAUCUUGAAAUAUGGGAGGUUCUUGAGAAAUGCCAGUUACGAAAGGCCAUUGAAGAGAAAGAAGAGGGUCUGGACACCUUUGUUGUGCAAGAUGGAACAAACUGGAGCACGGGGCAGCGUCAACUAUUCUGUUUGGGACGUGCUUUACUGAAGAGGAGCCGAAUACUAGUGCUGGAUGAAGCCACUGCAUCAAUGGACAAUGCAACAGACUCUAUUCUCCAGAAAACUAUAAGAAAGGAAUUUGCAGACUGCACUGUAAUAACAGUGGCCCAUAGGAUACCAACCGUGAUGGACUGCACUAAAGUUCUUGCUAUAAGUGAUGGGCUAUUAGUAGAGUAUGAUGAGCCAACGAAGCUGAUGAACAAUGAGGGGUCACUGUUUGGGCAGCUUGUGAAGGAAUACUGGUCGCGUUCUGCCAAUGCUGGCAUCCAUUCAGAAGAUUGAUAGCGAAAGGAGAUACCUCUGGUACAGCUCGCACCAUAUCCGGCUUUAAAUUUUAAGAUGGCAUCGAGUUUUUGCCCAUUUUUGGUCUAAUGAUGGCACUGAGCUAGAAUUUAAUAAGCUAUUGCAGCAUUCAUUCUUCUUUUUCUUUGGCCAUAAGCAUGCAAGCUACAAACAGGUGUUCAAGAGAUUCUUUUUCCCUUCAAAAUAAUACUAGCUAGUUUCUUCAAAGCUUAUUGCGUCUCUCCAAAGUAGAAAUGAAACCAUGGUUACAAACAGCAAAUAAAAUGUCCUGGGGCUUUGAAUGCAACUAUGGUUUCAAAGCAACUACUGACACACACACACACACACAGAUAGUAACAACAAUAUUCUGAAGAAUAAGCAUGAAUUAUCUAAGAUUUAGAGCUCUGGCAUUGCAGAAAAGAUAUGAGACAAAGGUAGUAAAAUAAUGGUCCUGUAGGAUGUUAUAUGUCUGUCAUUGUAUCUUGUGAGAUUCGAGCAGUGUUUUUCUGUCAUUGGUUGUUGAAAGAUGUUGUAUUCUAGUGUGUCUCUUCAAACUAGGGUUUAGUUCUAGAGUUGUAAUAGGAGAAGGUACUAGGUUCCCUAAUUGUAUUCAGAUUCUAUUACCUUGUAUGUACUCUGUAAAUCCCUAUAUAAAUGGCUCCUAUUAUCAAUAAUAGAACACACAAUUUCUCUCAUCAUUCUCUCAAAUCAUAUUUUCCUACAACACGUUAUCAGCACGAGCCCUAACCCUAGCCCUAAAAGCCAAAACCCUAAAACAAAAACCAGAAAAAAUUCUCACCGAAACCUGCCGCAAGCCCUAGCCGAGCUAGCCACAUCGCCCUGCAGCACCGUGCCUGCUGCCCCCGCAGCCCCUUGCACACCCUCGUGCCUGCUGCCCUCGCAGCCCCCCUAUGCACCAGCGUGCCUGCUGCCCCCGCAGACUCCUGCGUCCCUGUGCGCCUGUCAGCCUACCGCAACCCGCACACCAGCCUGCCAGCAGCCCCGCAGCCCUACAGCCCUGCAUCCCCGCAGCCUCGCAGCCCCGCAGCACUGCUGCCUUGCAUACAUGCUACCACUGCAGUCCCUGCUGCCCCGCGUAUCCGACACCGCUGCAAGCUCUGCCCCAUCACGCCUGCAUCAACACGCUCGUGACUCAAGCCCCAAAUCAUCAAGAUGUCGAACUCGAACGGACUCAAUUUUGUUCCAUUGGAUUAUGCAGGCAAAAGAUACAUAUUGUGGGCUCAGGACGUUGAGCUCCAUCUUAUUUCCCGUGAUCUAUUGCACACAAUCAAAGAGCUUUGUUCUGAAGGAACUGCUCCAGACCCUCAAACUGAGAUUGACAAUUCCAGGGCACUUGCGCUAAUGAUGAGUCAUAUGGAUAGAGACCUCCAGUUUGAGUUCAUGAAUGAGGAUAGCGCUAUAAAGCUAUGGCAAGCAAUUCAGGAACGUUAUGGUAAUGUUCGUGACUCCAUCCUUCUGAAUUUAGAAGCAGAAUGGAAUGAUCUUCGCUUCUCUGACUUUGAUACAGUCAUGCAAUUUUAUUCGGAAGCUCGCCGCAUCAAAGUAAUGAUGCGCAUAUGUGGCAAGACGAUCACAGAAGACCAAUUGAUUGAGAAAACCCUCAAUACCUUCCCUAUCUAUGCUAUGAGGUCCUCUAAUUUAUUCCGGACUCAUGUAAACGCAAGAUGGAUCACAAGUUUUCAACAGCUUAUUGAAGCUAUGGCCACUACUAAAAGACAUGGCAACGAGCUUGUGAGAAGAGAAAUUGAUAGGCUUCGAGAUGGCCACCAAGAGCAUCGUUCCAUGGCUAGAGAAAGUCGCCAUAGACGUCAUGAUCCAUAUGAUCGAAAUGCUCAUGAAGGUAAUUGCCAAAGGCGACGAUCACGCGACGGUAGGAGCCGUGACUUUGAGGGACGAAGGGUUGGAAACCAUGAAGCCAACGUUGGCCAUGGUCAUAAUUUUCUAACGCCUCAGGUCCUAGGGACCAUGCACAUUGCGCCAAUGCGCCUCAAUCAAGGGAGAAUCCUCUUCAUGGUGUCUAUUUCUGAUAUGGAACGUCUGAUCAAUGGACCUGAGUUUGCAAUGUACCUAAGAAGGUAGCCACCUCAUGGUGAUCAAGACAUUGAGUCAAAGAAGACUUCAAAUCUGGCGAUGAAGAUAAAAUGCCGCAGAUUUUUAUAGUCUUUUAUUUUCCAAGAAUUAUGUAAAUUUUGGAUUAGAUUUUUGGUUACGAAACUUUGAUGUAAUCAUUGGCUAUUAAUAAAGUGUCGAUUCUUUUA